AUGUCGCAAGCAAACGAGGGGAACAUGGGCUACGCGGGCAGGCAGUUGCCCUCUUACGGUGACGACACUUCCGAGACGACGACCGGCGCAUCUGGUGCUCUGCAGGAGGCGCCGAUUGAUGUGAGCUCUAUUGGAGACAAAGCACGUAACUGGUCAAAUGAGAUGAGAGAGCGCGCUCCCGAGGAAGGCGCAUCCUUCGACCCUUCCUCCCAAGCAAACGAGUCCAGGCAGGGCAUUGGCCGAGACGCGCACAGCCAGGACCAGUAUCCAGUCUCCGAUACCGCAAAGCGAGCCACGGAAGCCGGGAUUAGUCGUACGGCCGCGCUUGAUGACCUGAAGGACGAAGUUGGGUAUGUGUCUGGCCAAGUCAGCACAGUCGGUUCGCAAGGGCGAUCGUGA